AUGAUGCUCGCACGAAGGAACUUCCAUGUGGCCCAAUGGCCCUCGCGGUCAAUUCUCUCACGCAGACUUAUUGGCCCCCAACAAAUUAGAUCCUACUACGACGAACCAACCACCCCCUCCCACAUCGACGCCAUCACUCGCGACCCCACGUACCAGCGCAUCCUGCGCAAAGUCUACGGCGCGCCCUUCCAAAGCCUCGUCAAGCCACGAAUCGACGAAUGGUUCGCCUACUGCCUCCACCGGGCCACUCCAGUAACACCGUCAUCAUCAGAAUCAUCAGGAAAACAUAUUACCAUCCAAGACCGCACGCGCGCCAAGCACGAAUGGGCCCAAGAAGUCCUCCACCUGCGCGAACCCUACAACCGCACGCCGUGGCGAUGGGACUCGCUCAGCACGCGGUCGGAGCCGCCGGCUGGUAUGCGGCAACCAGGGGAGCCAGUUGAUGACUUCCUCAAGAGGCUGCCGCCGGUUCCGGGGCCGAAGAUAGGCGGGAAGAAUGACCGGUUUGUGCCGAGGUGGUAUUCUCUGGAGAACCCGAAUCGCGAGGCUUAUUACGUGAAGGGGUAUUUGGAUCAUGGGAAGGCACAUGAGCCGCAUCGGUUUGGGAUCUGGAUUGCGAAUCUGAGGAAUGCGUACGUGACGUUUUUCGAGCAGGUGGCGUAUAAGAGGCGGAUUGGGAGGAUGAGUGAGGAGAGGUAUGAGAGUGAGUUGAGGGAGUUUAUUGGGAGGAAGGCGAGACAGUUUAAGUUGACCAGGGGGGAGUGGGUGAUCCCCGUUCCGACAUCUGAAGCGAACAAAGCCUGGUUGGCAGUAGCCCAAGCAACGGAUCUCAAUGUCCUCGGCACCUCCGCCCGGAUUGCCACCUCUUCCUCCAUCGAUUACCCAGACCAUCGCCUAAUCGCCGUCCAAACAGUGGACAUCUCCGACUACGAAGACGUCGAGCGCGUCCUCCGCCGCCUCGAAGGCAUGGGAAUCGUGGACCGCGCCAACACACCACCCGUCCACUACCAAGCAGAAGCAUACUACUACCUUGGCAUUGGACCCAACAACGUGCACAACCUGCCCACGGCCUUUUAUACCAGCGAGCAGUUCUUCGACGAGGAACUCAGGUCCAAGUUGAGGCGGGGGCGACCGGGGCAGAUUCUGGACGAGUCCGUGUUUCGAAAAGGCGAAGAGCUGCGAAGGAAGCAGCAGGAGGAAAAGGAGGAGCAGGAGGAGAUUGCGGACUUUGGACGGAUUUGGAACCAGGAGCCGGAGGAGAAGAAGAACGUCUGGAUACCGCCGCAGAUGCUGGUUCAGAGGGAUCCGAACGUGUUCCAGGAGUUGGAGAUUGCCAAAACGGAGGCGGAGAAUGCGAGGUCCCGAAAGAAAAAGGGGAAGAGGAUGACGAUGGAGGAGUGGGAGGAGACAGAGGGUGGUACUGAUCCGGUUGCGUUGGCGUUGAAUGCGAAGAGAGUUGAGUGA